AACUCGGGCUCACUCCCACACGCCGCGUGCUCCAGUUCUACAGGGGAGCGAAGCAAACAAAAACCAGCUCAUGCGCACACACACGUAAUUUCAAAGUGUUUUACCCGCUACGUUGGAAACUAGAGGCUAAUAAUAAAGAAGAGCGGGGUCUAUUUUAGGGGAAAAAAACCUCUCAAGAGGUGAAGCUUAAGUUGGUGCUGGAAAGACAAAGCGGUGAGUGCAUGGUGGUGAGGAAGGCAGGCGGCUUGCAGGCCUCCAGACAAGACAGAAUUUGGACGUUCAAGCUACCGAAAGGCUGGGUGGAGCCUCAAGAGCUGAGAAGAGAGACGCGUAAAACUAAACCGAAGAGGUUUGCAGAGGAUUAGUGAGUCGGGAGUUCGCAUUUCACUAGAAGCACAAUGGGGAUCCGGUAAAGGGCUUUGCCUUUUAAGGAGAGAGACAAGAUCUGAUAAUCCAUUUAAAAAACAUUUUGCUGAUGUGUGGCUAAUGGACCGAGGAGAACAAGAAUGGAAGCUCGAAGACCAGCUUGGAAGCUUUUGCAGUAUUUAGACUAAAGAUAGUGGUUGCAGGGAAGUUUGAGAGAAGCAAAUGGAUUCAAGGAUCUGGAUGAUGUGUUGGAGAAAGCCAAGAAAGCCAAUGUUAUGGCUCUUGUGGUGGUUGCUGAACAUUCAGGAGAAUUUGAAAAGAUUAUGCAGCUUUCAGAAAGGUAUAAUGGAUUUGUCCUGCCAUGCUUGGGUGUUCACCCAGUUCAGGGAGUUUCACCAAAAGACCAAAGAAGUGUCACAUUAAAGGAUUUGGAUGUAGCUUUGCCCAUUAUCGAGUAUUAUAAGGAUCGAUUGUUGGCAAUUGGAGAGGUUGGACUAGAUUUCUCCCCCAGAAUUGCUGGCACUGACGAACAGAAGGAAGAGCAAAGACAGGUCCUAAUCAGACAGGUCCAAUUAGCCAGAAGGCUAAAUUUGCCUUUAAAUGUUCACUCACGUUCAGCCGGGAGACCCACCAUCAGCCUCUUAAACGAGCAAGGUGCUGACAAAGUGUUGCUGCAUGCAUUUGAUGGUCGGCCAUCUGUAGCCAUGGAAGGAGUAAAAGCUGGGUACUUCUUCUCAAUUCCUCCUUCUAUCAUAAGAAGUGGACAGAAGCAGAAACUUGUGAAACAGUUGCCUUUAACUUCGAUUUGCUUGGAAACAGAUUCACCUGCACUAGGGCCAGAAAAAAAGGUACGGAAUGAGCCCCAAAACAUUUCCAUUUCAGCAGAAUAUAUUGCCCAGGUGAAAGGGAUCUCAGUGGAGGAAGUUAUAGAAGUGACAACACAGAACACAUUGAAACUGUUUCCCAAGCUUCAGUACCUGCUCCCGAAAUAGCUUCAAAACAAAAUCAACUGCAGAGGGCACUGUUUGAGAAAAAUAAAUGUUCUAAUGAAGAGUCUGAACUGAAGAAGCCAUUGUAUCGGGAUUAUAAAUAUAGAGAAAUAUUUUUCUUAGAAGUAAAACUGGGCUUAGAUCCUAAAACCCUGAAUUCUAAUUCUACCUUGCACUGCUUUUCAAUUAAUGGAGUCCUAGCAGGAGAUUGGGAAAUACCACUGCUUCUUACUUUGCCCUGUUGAAUAAAGAACCACCAAAUGAACUGAAACCAUUUCUUCUGGCAAGGGUGGCUCCCACAGGUAAGAAAUAAGUGCUACUGUGAUGGCAUGGAAUAGGCUAAAGUUUGAUCCUUUACCACCUGUUUGACUUCCCACAAGAUUUAUCCAGUGAAAGGAGAGUGUCUAGUUUCUUAUACUAUCAGAAAUCUUACCCUUUCUGGGUUUGCAAAAUUGAACUUUUAGUACUUUGAAUUAUCUCUCAUUUUAAGAGAAAAAUGUGCAAGGUUUUUAUAUUGAUCGUAGAUUUUGACUUAUAAAGCCCAUGGUUCGUGCAAUCACCAUUAAAUACCAAGCCCCACAGUUUAAUUAAUAAAUUGGUUUUAAGUUCCAGUCUGAAUUUUGUCACAUGUUUAAAAUGUACAUAGCUCUAUUAAAAAUGUAUCUGACUUU